CGUCGCUCGGUACCAGCAGACUUAUUGCUUUUUAUCGAAGUUAUGAACGACGUACUCGACGUGCGAGACUUAAAUCAACAUUCUCCACGUCUCUGCUAUGGAAGUGGAGUGUAAAAUCUUCUUCCUUUUUAAUUUCUGUGAGUUUGUGAUAUCGAUUUCUGCUAUGGCAUCGCCGAGAAAUGAUCUUCGUUAGCAGUUUUAGAUAGAACAACUCAAGAGAAAACUAAGAAAAUGUUGCGAAGUAAAGAAGAUUCGGAGAGCGAAUCGUUGGUUAGUAAAGAAGUUCCUGCCAGUUCUUAUACAGAAGAAGGGGGGAGGACGAGUGCGGGUGAUACUCAUGGAGAUAUUAGAGAGAUGGAUUAUGUAGAUACAGACGUGUCUGUUCUCUCUCAAUUUCACGAAGAUGCCAUUUCUCAGGCUGGAUUCGGGAUGUUCCAAUGGCUUUUAUUUUUUGUGGUGGGAUUAGGAUUGAUGGCAGAUUCUAUAGAAAUUUUUUCGGUAGCUUACAUUCUUCCCAGUGCCGAAAAAGAAUUGUGUAUGGAAGAUUACCAGAAAGGAUGGUUAGGAGGUAUAUCUUUCGUGGGAAUGAUGAUCGGAGGGAUCGUCUGGGGUAAUUUAGCAGAUAGAAUGGGAAGGAGAAGGACGCUCCUUUCUGCCCUUUGUACAAACGCAAUAUUUGCCAUACUCACGUCAUUUAUGCCCAAUUACGGCCUGUUCAUGGUCAGUAGACUCUGCAGUGGCAUCGGAGUGGGAGGUUCCCUGCCAAUAGUUUUCACGUAUUAUUGCGAAUUUUUGGACAAGAAGAACAGAGGACGUCAUCUCAGUUGGAUGCUAAUGUUCUGGGCUUUUGGAGGGGUCUUCGUCUCUGUAGUCGCUUGGGGGAUUAUACCCAAAACUGGUUUCAGCAUUCUUGUAUCACAUCAUUUGCAUUUCAAUAGUUGGAGGAUAUUUCUUAUAAUAUGUGCCAUUCCCGCACUCCUCGCAAUAAUUGGUUUAUGUUUCUUGCCAGAAAGUCCCAGAUUUUUGUUAGAAGUAAGUCUCGUGUAUAAAAUUUUCCAUAAUUAUAAUACGUGAGCCCAAAAUUCAGUUAACCAGUGGGAGCGCGUUAAUCAACCCGCAGACCGUUCUUUAAAAAAACGCGUGUAUCUCGGUUAAGCGACUUUUGGGCCACCCUGUAGAUAAAUUCUAGCAAUAAUUUUUGCACCAAAGAGUCAAAUUCCACACGUUUUAUGACUUUUAUCGUGUGUGAUAAAGUUAAUUUUAAUUAAGUAAAAAAAGAA